GGUUUGGGUACUCACCGAAAGUCACCCUGGCAGUCUGCCUGUAAAGCACUGUGGCUCACGGGCUGUCCCCAUCACGGAGUGAUCCUCCGGAGUGAGCUCCGCACUUUGUGCUUUGCUCCCUUGAGCCGUACAGCCACCCCGUCUGUCCAGAAACCCAGCAAGCUCUCACUCAUUUCACGCUGGGGUUUUUCUGAGGUUUCUGCAGGUGCUGCUGCCGAGCCUCAUUCUGCCGGCCCUGCUCUGGUUGCGUGCUGUAACCCGCGCUGUCGGUAACGCUCCCGGUGGCUGUGGCUUGCCGUGUUGCCGAGCCCGGCGGCCCGGCCAUGUCCCCGCUGCCCGAGGUGCGCAGCUCGGUGCAGCUGUACCGGUACCUGCUGCGCUGCUGCCGCCGCCUGCCCGCGGGCCCCAUCCAGCAGCACUACCGGCACGCCAUCCGCCAGAGUUUCAAAGUCCAUGCUGAUGAAGACGAUCCUGAGCGAAUCCAGCAGAUCAUUAAGAGAGCCAUUGAAGAUGCUGACUGGGUGAUGAAUAAAUAUAAAAACCAGAAGUAGAAGAGGAAGGAUGAAACCAAGGAGGACAUUGUUCAAGAGGGAAAGGACCAUGGAGCUGGAAGGUACAGCCAUGGCUUGUCUGCAGCUCCAGAUGUCUGAGGUGCCAGCUGGGAUAUGGGAGCAUCAGACCAAAGGUAUGG